AUGGCAGCGGCGCUUGAAAAGCACAUUCUGGCAUCCCAGAAAUUUCUGGGAACAGUGAGACAUUUGCCUUCUUUCGCAGAGGCAAGAGAUAAGCAAGUGGAGAAUGUGUUGAAGAAGAUGAGCAAAUCGCCGCUUUCCGUGGAGCAGGCUGCGGCCCUGGUGGAGCGCUUGGAUUCUUCCAUAUGGGGCUCCCAUGUGGAUGCUCUGAAGUCUGCAGUGGUGUUGGAGGAUGCAUUAGAAAAAAAGAAUACACCAUUGCAAGAUUACUUGUCUCUUCCCCACUAUCUGACCACGGGCCUGUGGAAAUCUUUGUCCGAAGAUACGAGAGGGGUGGCCUUGGAGAAGCUGUGCAAGCAUUGCAAGCUCUUGGGCUUAACGAAUGCAUCCGAAGCCAGUCAGGCGAUGAUACUUCUUUUGGUCUUUGAUUUAGAUGGCAAAAUGCUGGGCACGCAACAGUGGCAAGUUACCUUGCGGGAGAAAGGGAAUUUGCAGAAAUAUUUGAAACAGCCAGCUGCGCAAUCUCAGCUGCCUCAUUUGCUUCUCUUGCCGCAGUCCCGAGAGGAAUGUCCGGCGGAGCUGUUGACACGAGCCUUUGGGAACAACUUGCCUGUUCCAUGCCAGUGGCCAUACGAGGAUCUUUUGAGACGCGCCAGGGAUUGGCCCAUGCGCUCUUCGCACAGGUUAGCGCAAAGCUCUACAGCAGAAACUGUUCCUGUGGGCCCAAGUGCAUUAACCCAUGCCGGAGGAUCAGAGAUGAUGCAGCAAAUGGGAAGUUUCGUUGCUGGUUUCUUGCAGGUGCAGAAGCCAUCGGAGGAGUUGGCGCUUCGUGGCUUCAGGCUAUCUUCGAAAACAGGUUCGCAGCCGGAGCCUCCAGUGGUCACGGUUCCGGUCUUGGCUUUGGAAGACAAGAAAGAGGAGGAAGCUGUGACUGUGUCACCCGCAGCUGAAGUGCAGCAGGAAAGCGGCGACGCAGCUCCGACCGGGAAAGGAGCUGUUGCUGCGACGUUGGCGGCUUUGCAGGCUGAUGUGCAGCCAGAAGGAAAGAGCUUGAAGGCAGCGCAGAAAUCCGGGCUGAGAAAGCCAGCAGCAAUUGUCCAAAAAAGCUUGAUGAAGCGACCUGCAGCAUGUUUGCGUCGUCCCGCUGCUGCAGCUGUGCCGAAAGCGGAGGAGGGUGAGUCGCGCGACGCGCGACGAGAGAGGCUGAUCAAAGAAAGGGUGCCAAAGGCAAUGCAACACAAGUACCGUGGCGGUUGCAGCAAGUCGGAAGGGUUGCACUUUGUCCUGCUGGACCUAUCACGCAUACGUGGACAUAGGGCCUCCUACGUGGAGACAACCUUCUCCUACGUGGAGGAUGGCAGACGUGUCCUAUAUGUGUGGACACAUGUCUCCUACGUGGAGACAAAGUCCUCCUACGCGGAGGAUAGCAGCCGCGUCCCACGUGGACACAAGGUCUCCAACGUGGAGACAAAGUCCUCCUACGCGGAGGAUGGCAGCCGUGUCCUACGUGGACACACUGUCUCCUACGUGGAGACAAAGUCCUCCUACGCGGAGGAGAGCAGCCGCGUCCCAUGUGGACACAAGGUCUCCUACGUGGAGACAAACUCCUCCUACGCGGAGGAGAGCAGCCGCGUCCCACGUGGACACAAGGUCUCCUACGUGGAGACACACUCUUCCUACGCGGAGGAGAGCAGCCGCGUCCCACGUGGACACACUGUCUCCUACGUGGAGACAAACUCCGACGCGGAGGAUAGCGGCCGCGUCCUACGUGGACGAAAGAUUUCUUACCUGGAGACAAAGUCCUUCCACGCGGAGGAUCGCAUCCGCGUCACCAUGGCGGGCGGCGGCAAGAGCGUCAGGUCGCCCUUCUCCGUGGCGCGCAAGGAGCCAAGUGCGUCCAGAGAGGACUCUUCCUCUGAGGAAGCCGUCUCUGAACCGGCAGAGGCGUCCAGGCCGGGCUCGAAAGAAAGGGGUCGCAAGCGUUCCCACGCGGAACAUGGCCGAAGUGCCAGAGCCAGGCGACACAACCGGGACCCAAGCCAUUCGUACGUGCAAAGGAACCUGAGGAGGAAGCAGCGAAGGGAGGGCGAAAGAAAGCACAGACGGCAUAGGCGAACGCAUCGCAGCAGGCGGGGCAGAAGCGCGACACCAGACAAGCGCCGACGCAGCGCAAGUUCUGGACGGGGUGCAAACGCGGCCAGGCCGCCAGAACCUUCGACUGGACCAUCGAAGACUGGAACCAAAAAAUGCCCACAUUGUUGGGCCGAGGUGACAGUGCAGCCAAGUGGGCGCGCUCAGCACCAGUGGAGCAACCGAACCUGCUUGCAAUGGCAAUUUUACAACGAAAUGGACGCCGAGGUGAAGAAACAAAAUGAGACAAUGGCUUGGAACAAGGCCAAGGAAGCAGCGGCCGUGCUCUACGAGAGGAGGCGAUGUGUGGCAGCCCCGCACGCAAUCGAAGACGAGAUGCCUCAUGUGCCGUUGCCGCCCCUGGUGCUGCGCAGCCGCUCCUCGAUUCGCGCCAAGGCGGCUCCUGCUGAGAUGGAAGAGGUCGCCGUGGAAGAAGAAGCGGAAGGACCACAGCGACCUGUGAGGUUUGGACACGGUCAGGCGUCGGCUGCUUCUGGAUCUACGGGAUCCAAGGGACAGGGUCACGGCCCAACCCCCGAGCCGCCUGCUGGGAAGACUGAGACACCUGGCUCGAGCCAGAAGCAGCAAAUCGUGAUCAAUAUCACGAGCUUCUGCGUCUUGCCGACAGGAUGCCACAUUCCGGGUACCUGUGCCCAAACUACGUUGCGAGGUGGACCAGAGAACAAGGAAGUCCAGAUCCUUCGCCUGAAAAGUCUGCUCAGUGUGGUCUGUCAUUGGCCACACAAUUGGGAGAAGUUGGACGACGAAGAUUAUUUUCGUAUCCUCUGCCGGCAAACGGAUUGGACUGCUGAUUCCUGGUGGCGCUGGACUACCCGUUUAGCCGAGGAGACGGUGCCCUCCCAAGAGGAGAAAUACGCGAGCGCGGCGGAGCACUUACAGGCUCUGACACGCAUCAGAGAUCUGCCGGAAGCCUCGUGGAUUUGGUCGGCCGUAGAAGAGCUGCAGCUGCUGGAUCGGAAGGAAAACAAGAGCGAGCUGCCGAUGGAGGUGUCCGCCGCUGUUUUCCACUUGGUUGCGCUGCCAUGGCGGAGCCGACGCCUGCUGCUACAGCUCCGGCGAAACCUCGGAAACAAAAGUGAAGUGGAGCAGUUACCUCAUGAAGACCAAUUGCAAUUCUUUCGACGGCUGCAAGAGGAGAAGAAACAAGGAGGCAAAAAAUUGCCUUGGAAGACCGUGAAAGCGCAACUGAUCGCGAUGGUGACCACCAGGCAUAUCACAACUGUAACAGCGUUGACGUCUGUGGAAACUGAGGAGUUACCUUUGUCCGUGUGGGUCACGCAGGGGUGGGAAAAGGAAGUCAUCGAGAAUUGCCCGCGCGAGUGGAGUGCGGAGCUCAAGACAUACUUAUACAAAGUCCCAAUCAAGAAAUCUCUCUGGCGAGAGACACAUGAGCGCAUCAGUGAGCGCAUCCUACGCCAGGAGCGUGAAGCUGCCAAGGCCAAGUGCAAAAAAGGCAAAGGGGCUGCAUCAGAUGGAGAGCUUGACUUACCAGAAGCGGGACCUGGGACGGAGCAAGGCAGCAAUACGAAGAAGGAAGAAAAGUCGGCAGAGGCAGCUUUGCGGAAGACGAAGGCCAGCAACGCGAAGAAGAAUAUGGUCGCAGCCAAGAGCAUUGGUCAGCUGAGUAACGACCUGCAAGCAUUGAGCAGAGCCGUCUCCAAAGCAGUGGAUAUCCCUGAAGAGAUUAACGCCGCUGCAAAGGAGUCUUUGGAAACCUUGGAAAGCUGGGUAGCGGCUGCCAAAGCGAUCCUGCAGCAGGCAGAGGGCCAGAGCGCCAAGGCUGGGGAUGUGGAGCUGCCUGCGCUUCCCUUUGAGACCGGAGACGUGAGGACGUUGCAUCAGACGUGCUUGGAGGUGAUCAAGAACUUGAAAACGCGCAUUCCAGCACCGAAGGCAAAGGCAGCCACAAAGCGCAAGGAGACUGCUGACUCUGAAACUGCAAAUGGCCAAGCUGACCCAAAGGCUGCGCCCAAGAGGAGAGUCCGUGCCAAGGCCUCCUGCUUCCACAUUACCCGUGACACGCUGCGCCUCUACCAUAAGAAAAAAAAUGUGGGCCGCUUUUAUGACAUAGCUGUGAUGCUGAAGCAAAGUCGUGCAGCGGAGAGUGCCGCGCACAGUGGGUUGGCAAGCAAGGCCGCGAAGAAAGAGGAUACUACGUGUAUCAAAGCAAAGAGCCCAGAAAUCCCAGUCUCAUCCCAAGUGGACGUCGUUCCAUGCAUGAGUUUACCUGCUUUGAUAGAAGCCAAAGUGCAGGCGUGCCCACUGUACAAAGAAUCAUUGCGCAGGGCGUGCCAGAAGCAUCAAGGCCAGCUGACUCUCCUAUGCUACGCGGAUGAAGUGACUGGCGGAAAUGUGCUAAGUGCACCGCAAGCCCGCAAAGCGAACCUAGUGUAUCUGAGCUGGUUAGAAUGUCCCUUGCUACACUUGGAAUCGCAAUGGUUGACAGCAAGUGUCUGUCGCAGUGCGGAUAUUGCAAGAAUGCGAGGUGGUAUGGCUGGCCUGGUGACGUCGUUGCUUAGCUUCAUCAAAGAUGAAUGCAAGCACGGUUUCCCAAUCGCUUGGGGGUCCGAAGACGUCGACCUGAUCCGCAUCAAAGAAACGUAUCUCUUAGCUGAUGCCGAAGCUAUUCGGAGCGCCAGCCUUAUAGGUUGGAACUGGGACAACUUUCAAGCUGGACCUCUUUUGUCUCCGCAGCUGAAAGAUUGGGUGAAGAUUGAGAAUGUGCUGUACGACAGCAUGCACAUUUUCUUCCACAAUGGCCAAAUUAGUCAAAUGUUAGGUCAAUGGUGGACGUUGCUGCAAACGGAAACUAACAUUACUUUGAGAGAGCUGCAGCGCUAUGCAGAAUUGUGGUUGCCAGUACAGGGAAGUCCAGCCGCUUGUGGUCCGAAACCAGCUGCUUAUUUUUCCGAAAGGCUAUGGAGGAAAGAUGCAGACUUCAGAGGCGACGCAGAUGCCGCAGCUGCAGCGUUGUCGCUGGUGGUGGCUUUUUGCGAAGAGAUUCUUUGGUCGCAAGAGCCCCUUCGACCCUACAUCGAAGCUUUGCAAAGUUUGCAAAAUCUCAUUGUCUGCGUUUGGGCUUGCAAAGUCUGCCCCUCCCACGCAACCAAACUUUCGGAGCUGCAGAAGAAACACUUCCAAAAAUAUAAAGAGGCAUGGUCGUCCGAAUCGAUGCGGCCCAAAUGGCACUAUGGGUUGCAUUUAGAAGCACAAAUCCGUCGAUGCGGCAUUUUGCUGGACGCAUUCACCCUGGAAAGGAAACACAAUUUUUUUAAAAAAUUAACGACUGGAAACUGGGGCUUUGCGCCAAGCUUUUCUGAAUCCGCGCUGUUGGAAUUAUCCACAGCAGAUCUGCAAGAAGGCCACGCGCCAAAUUGGUUGGACGCAGCGUUGCUGGGCCCCACCGCACUUCAAAAUUUUCCUGGUCUCAGUAAUCCAUGUCAAACAAGCACAAGCUUGGUGUUGAAAGGUGUGAAGUACGUAAAACAUCAAUAUGUGAUCCUCACUCCUACAUGUGCUUGCCAAGUGCAAGCCGCAGUACAAACUGCUGACCAGAAGUUUUUUCUACUGGUGGAAAUGUUGAAGCCAAUUCAAUCGCAGCCAGCCUACAGAAAUCGUUGGCAAAGACAACACAAAGCCUGCGCACUCGUCAAUUCGAAUGACUUGAAUAAAAGCAUUCGAGUCAUGUACUAUAGAGUAGAAGAUGACUGUAGCGUGUCUCUGCUUUCCUGA